UGUGUGAUGACCUGUCCGCAUGAGGCGCUGCUUGCUCAGACUUGGGCCUGCCGCUGCUGUAGAUCCGCGGGGUGUAGAGCUGCUCUGCGCGCAUCUAUCCGCGGUGUUUCUGUGUGGGGCGUUCAGCCCAGCAGCGUCGCCUCUGCCUACCCUGCCUACCCCGCCUACCCCACCAGCUUCGGGAAGGGACUGACUUUCUGGCUCCGCUGCCGAUCCUCCUGCACUCCCUCCGUUCAAGAGGGGAUAAACACUGAGCGUUAAAGUCCAAGCCGGGCAGCGUUGCAGUUUCAGCGUUAGCGGCGAUUGUUAUUUAUUUUUAUCCCCCCCCCUCCCUCUCUCUCUCGCUCCUCUCCACUCACGCGACUCAAUUGUUGCCGUUGGACCAAACGGGGUUGAACUUGAAGCGAACCCGCAGACAUUUUGUUAUUUCUGAGAUUUCUUCUUCACUUUUUUCAUCCCUGUGGAGGCAGCUGGCUACGGGAGCGAGCCGCGAGCUGUGAGGGGGCCAACGGCACGAGGCGAAACACGGUCGGCGUUCACCUUCCGCUCCGCUCGCGGGCUGCAUCCAAACAUUUACUGCAUGCACGGCGUUAUUAAUUUACCUGCGCUGAGCUCGCGACGCUGCCGCUCGUGCGUUAAGGCGGAAAGCUUACAUCGGCGAUGAAUCAUUUUGACUGACAGCUUUUGAAGAAUUAGCUAGCUUUAGCCAGCACUGAUGGUGCUUUCCUGCUCACGCUCGCAGUAAAUACGGGGUCGGGACAACCCAGAUAGCACACCGACUCUUUUGCCUCUCUAACGGCCGCAAAGUGCAUCACUUAUAAUCGGCUUAAUUUUAUAUUUAUUUAUUUAGUUUUUUAAAAGGGGGUGGUGGGGUGGGGGGAGUCCCCUAGCUACUGUUAGCUAGUCAUCCUGCUAACGCUGGACAGCUCCUGUGUACGGCUGGGCUAGCUUUGGACAAAAGAAAGAGCAACGCAAGGGGACAUAUAAACACCGUGUUUGGGAAGGAGAGCAACAAACAAGGAACUGACAUGAUGUUUCCACAAUCAAGGCACUCAGCCUCAUCGCAGCAGCUGAAAUUCACGACCUCUGAUUCCUGUGACAGGAUCAAGGAUGAGUUCCAGUUUCUUCAAGCACAAUACCACAGUUUGAAGCUCGAGUGUGACAAGUUGGCCAGUGAGAAGUCAGAGAUGCAGCGCCAUUAUAUCAUGUACUAUGAGAUGUCCUACGGGCUCAACAUUGAGAUGCACAAACAGGCUGAGAUAGUCAAGAGAUUGAAUGGGAUCUGCGCACAGGUCCUCCCUUACCUGUCUCAGGAGCACCAGCAGCAGGUCCUGGCAGCCAUAGAGAGGGCCAAGCAGGUCACCCCCCCAGAGAUGAACUCCAUCAUAAGGCAGCAGCUCCAGGCUCACCAGCUGUCUCAGCUCCAGGGCCUGGCCCUGCCCAUGACUCCCCUGCCGCUGAGCCUGAGCCAGCCGACCCUCCCCGCCGUCACCACCUCCUCUGGUCUCUUCUCCCUUUCUUCCCUGCUGGCCUCUCAAGCCCAGCUGGCCAAGGAGGAGAAAGCAUCGCGGGAUGGAGUCGACAGCCACCGUGAGGAGGAUGGAGACAAGUCUGAUUAGAUGGUGUCCCUGUUCAGCUCUGUUUUUAUCCAGAGACCUGAAUCCCUAGAUUUAAGCCCACUUGGCCUAUAGCCUCUCCCCCAGGUCUCCCUCUCUUUGACACUACCUAACAUGGGCUUCAAUUUCAUCUCCUCAGACCCCAGCCAACCCCAUUAUUGGGAGGUCUUUGGCACAUACCACCUUAUAUCUUGGUAUUCACCAUAGUUGGGUUGUUUCUAUAUCUGUUUUUUUUUAAACCAUGAGACUGUCUCUCUCUUAUGUAUCUUGUAUCUUCAAGUGCUCUCUCUCUUUUUUUGCAUGUGAUUAAGCCACAUUUAUCCCUUUUUAAAAAGAAAAUCAGGACUACUUUCUAUUUCUGUUUCUUCCUGCCUCCCUGUUGCUUUUUCUCUCUCUUCUGAUUCCUGUUGAGUUUCCGUGUUUUCCUUUCUUCUCCAUGCCUCCCUCUCUUCCUCCCUGUCUUCCUCCCACCUCUUGCCUCUGCUCUUCGUAGGUCCUCGUUAGACAGGACUGAUCCGUCACACUGAAUGCACUGUUCCGUAGGUGUUAAAACAGAAAAACUGUUAAACACUUGGAUUUGCUGGCAAGCUGUAAAACUUGUCAGAUGCAACACGGGAUUCCUAAAAACUUCAUUUUCCCAACAUAAAGGUCUCACCGAGAUCAGCAGUGUUGAUAUUUCAUGGUAUUUCACCUCGCGUGUAUUCAUUCUAAAGGUGGGCUCAAAGUUUAAAUGUUGGAUUGAUAAAAGAUCAGAGAAUUGUUUAAAUAAUGCCCUGGCUAAAGACAGAAAGCAUACCUAAAAGCUAUACUCACUUUCUAACCAAAAACCUCUGCCUUCAAAAGAGAAUCGUUGUUAUGAAACGACAUAUCCGGGCAAAUUAGAGAUUUUGUGAGUAAUUCUAAUUUAAUAUAAAAUAAAAGCACGUUCUUAGAUCCGACUUAAUGCUGAGAGCCGUCAGAGUAGAUAACAGACCCACCUCGAUAAGUAAUCCCCCUCGACGUUUGAUCCUUGGCCGACCCUGUGAGGUACGUUGGAUAAAUCCACCCAGCACCUUCACUGAAAGGCAUCAUUAAACGGAGCUGAGGUAGCACAACGUGCAGCAAAGAGAAGUAAUGCCACUUCUCGUCCGUGCCCUCCCACCAUCUUUUUCCUCUUUAAUGUGCACUAAUAUCAGAGCAGACACUGAGGCGAGAAAGAGUGCAUGUUGUGUGUUUGACAGCAGAGGGCAGCGUGUGUCUUUGAAGCAUCCUCCUCGCUUGGUUCAGGCUUGUGCAGAACAAGGACAAUGACAGAGUGCAGACUGUGUCACAAAGGGAAUGGCUUAUUUAUCCAGUCUGUGUGCAAACGUAACACACAGUCGACACUAGACCGGUGGCAUUAAUUACUGUGAUCCAGUUCUCGAAAAGCGGUCUGCUUUGGUUUAUUUUGGUCUCUAAAUGGAACGACUCCAUCCUAGCAUGAAACAAAAACAUGGGCUCUCUGUAAAUUCACUUUUAAAUACUCUAUGAUUCACUGCACAGAAAGAUCUUUCACAUAUCAGAUUAAUCCUGCGUUAUACAGUUGAUUUAAUGCCUACAUGGGGCACUGAGUAUGAUUGAAUAUAGUUACAUUACUGUAAUCCACACAGAUGAAGCACAAGUGCAUCCCACAGCUGCUGCUAUGAAUUCAAACUAAACAAAAACAUCGCCUUCAAACAGAAAGGUCCUGUAUGCACUCGUUUAGACCUCGAGUCUGCUGGAAGCUAAUCUAUACCAGCCCGCCACAACAUUGAUGAUCUCAUUGCAAUACAAAGUUCAGCUGGGAAAUCUUCUGGUUUGGCUUUCCUUUAGAUGUUAUUAAGAGCAACGGCACCCGUGCCACAUUGCUGAAGGUCUUUAUCCGGUCCCAGAGGAUCUACGACUACCUUCCUGGUGCCAGACGCCAAAGGACAAUUCCCAGAUGUCUCGUUUCCAUGCACCAACCUGUUGGAGCUUUUUUGGAGGUGCAAGGUAACGUACUCAGUAUUAGGCUGAUGGCUUUAAAGUUGUGGUUUAUUAUUGUAUUAAAAUACCCACUGCAUCUUUUACCAAAUUCUUAGUAAAAAAAAAAAAGUUCUGCUCCAUGUGGGGUCUGCAAAAAAUAGUAGACACGCAAGACUAGAGCCUGACUGUCUGCCCAAAUUACCUCCGUGUGGAACUAUUAGUAUUGUGAUUUCUAACGAGUUCGGUAGAAACACCCUUCAGGCAAAUGUUGACGUUGCAUAGUUUGUCCAACAGAGGGCACUCUGCAACACGUGAUUUGAAUGCCACGCAGCAAACACAACAAGCAGCCCGUCACUAAUCUGGGAAGCAGGUUUACCAAAGUCAGACUCUAACUGUAAACUGAGCAGAUCAGGAACUCUGAGUUGGUAUUUUCAUGGAGGCUGGUCGGAGUAGGCAGCCAUUUUAAUGAUGCUGUCUGAAACAGAGGUCGCUUGUGACAUAUUGAGUCUCAUAAAGGUUAAAUAAAUAAAAAUAAAAUCAUGUUGGGCCACUCUAUAUUAUCAUAGAAAAAAGUUUGUACCAUAUGUCUGCCAUCGGAUCCGAAUUGAAUCCGAUCAUUUCCUAUCUGAUUUCUCAGGAUUAACAAACUCUGAAUUUUAGCUAAACCUGCUUCCUGGAAUAGGGCUGUGAUCUGAGAGGAGCAUAAUAUAAUAUAAUAUCACCAAAUACUGUUUGUUUGUUUUAAGAGUGUCUUUUGCGUUACAGUCAGUUCCUUACUGUGAUCUAAAAUUGGUCAUUCCACAAAAUGAAAACACAUCUGCAGCUCUUUAAUAAGCUCUUCUGUUUAUUUAUUCUUCAAACCAGCAUGGCAAGAAUUCAUGUUAUUAGUAAGGAGAAUAAUCAGUUAUCGCUUUUAGAUGCAUCUGAAAGUCUUAUGUUGCAUUUAAUUGAUUAAGACAAUUUGUGUAAUGAUAGCAUUACAGUCCAAAUUCUCAGUCAGUUAGGAGACUAUUAUUUGUAAAGUAGUAUAGAGCCAGUUUGACAGUAUCUUUUGUUUGGUGGUUUUCACUUCAGACAUUUUGACAUGUCACAGUAAGGUAAGGUGUAAAUAGUAGAAUUAAUGACUUCCAUUGAGCUGUUAAGGUGUCAGUGUCCCGGUACUGUUCCUGCUAUCAUACUGUCAUUGCUUAGUGGGAAUUUUAAAUUGAACAGAGCUGUAAUUUAUAUCAGUAACACAGAUAUUCUUCCUGUUAGUACAAGUCAAAAUAUCUGCUGUGAAAAGUAUCAGUGCAAAUUAAUAAAUAGUGGAAGUAGACCCAUUUUUGUACCUAGUGCGCAUUUAUGACACCAAAAAAAAAUGCAAAAUAGGACUGAAAAUUUGCCUAUAGUUAAAAACAAAAAAGAAUAGAGACUACAUCGCUUUCUUCAUUAUAUUUGGGUUGAAUUUGUUUGCUUUUUAGAUAUAUUGGAGCUUCUUUUUUACUGUCCCGGGGACUUGUCAGGCAACAGAAGUGCGAAUGGACAAAAUGUCUGCUUUCUAAAAGAUGACAUGCAAUUUGAGAGGUACCACGUAUACUUUGAAAAUGUCGAACCACACUUAAAAGCACGUACACCUGUCUUGACCUCCUCUCUUUUCAUCACUGAAUGGCUUCAUUGAGUGUAGCCAUCUCGAGCUGUAUAUGUAUUAAAAAACCCUGCUCCUUUCAUUUGGGGGAAAAUAAACUCAGAAUGGUCUCCGGUUUGAUGAUAAAGCACAUUUUUAUUGCAGAAGUACCCUUCAAAGAGAUACACGUACAUCCACGUUUGAUAUCCAAAAGUGACAAUACAUAUGAGGGACUUUCAGAAUAAAAGCCUCCAUCUUCUAAAGGUUCAGAUGAUAAACUGUUGAUGGCAUUUGCUGGAGGACUUGUUGUUGUGUAUGUAUGUGAAUACAUAAAACAAGGUGUGUAUAAACACUUGUACAGAUCUCGUCGAUGCUAAACCAGAUGAAAUGCGUUGCUGUUCUUACAACUAAAGCUAACAUGCUACCUUGCUUGUGAAUUAAGCUCGCGGCACGUCGUCCUCCCAUCUAGCUGCAUACUGUAUGUAUCUAGUUACAUACUGUACUUGUUGUAGUGAAAUGCAGAGCGUGUAGACAAAGCAGAACACACACACACAUCAAUGCAUGUCUGCGGGGGAACUGAGAUUGAUUUCUUUCUAGUGGAGACAGGUUUUUUUUCUUUUUAAAGAAUGUUUGAUCCAAACUUUCUGUGAUCGAUGCACUCGUUCCUUUUCUCCCCCCUUUUCUUCGUUUUUAAAUAUUAAUCGAUAUGAGCUAGAGGGAGAUUUGCAAGGCUGACGUUUUAGACGUACAAAUGAAAUUCUAUGUAUUUGUUGAAGUAGUUGGAGGUGCUCGCCUCUGUAUACAGUUAUACAUAGAAAGCUUUAUGUGUAUAUGGCUGCAUCUUCUCUUGUCUGUCCUGGAUGAUUCUUGUGCUAUUGUGUUACAAAACCGAUGUGACACCAGGGGGGAGGGAAACUGCAGUAUGUUGACCUUUUCACCCUUUGAUCCCCCUUUCCUUUUCUCCCCCCUCCCACCUCCCAAACACUCCCUCCCUCCCACCCACUCCCCUUGACUCCUGUGCCACCUACCCGCCUCUUUGCCCUCAUAGCGUGAAGCAUUGUAAGCGUUUUGAGCUUUGUAAAGGUCUUUUUUUAAAUACUUAUUUUGUGUAUAAUGUAAAACCUAAAAGUGUGUACUUUGGCAAAAAAAAAAUGUUUUGUGUCUGAAAUCAUAGCUUCAUUUAAACAAACGAAAAAGAAACUAUAAAAAAAAAAGUACAGCAAACAUUUACUAUAAAUAAAAUGAAAUGUUCUGCAGUAAGGAAGGACUUCUGGUGCCUUACAAAUAAAGUCAAUCAAAUCAUGAAAAAA